GUGCUGAGGCGGGAGGCAGCGGCGGAGGAGAAGGAGACUCGGCGCAGGCCCGCCUGGGCUGCCCUGUCCUUUCCCCUCCCUUUGGCUGGCGAGGAGGUGACUUUCUCGCUACGCCUGAUGGGAAAAGGGGGCGGGGCCCGAUAGCUUCGCACUUGGUUUUGGCUUCGCACGUCCAUAUAUCUCCAGAGUGUUGGGCUUCUCCCCCCUCCCUUUCACAACAACCCCGUGAGAUCCCUCUUAACUAUGGAAGAGAGCAACCAGGAAUGAGAGAGCAGUCCUUGCUACCCUUUCCCAAGAAGUAGUCAUGUUGGAGGGAUUAAUAGCCUGGGUUCUCAACAACUACCUCGGCAAGUAUGUCAGCAACCUGAACACAGAUCAACUGUCAGUAGCUCUUCUGAAAGGUGCUGUAGAAUUGGAAAAUUUACCACUCAAGAAAGAGGCCUUGAAGGAUUUGCUGCCUUUUGAGGUCAAAGCUGGCUUCAUUGGCAAGAUAACACUACAGAUACCAUUUUAUCGCCCUCAUGUUGAUCCAUGGGUGAUAUCGGUAUCGAAAUUACACCUCAUUGGCUCACCGGAAAAGCAAGAAGAUUUCGAUGAAGAAAAAGAGAGGCUGUUUGAAAGAGAAAGCAAGGCAGCUAUUUUAUUAGCACUGGAAGAAAAAUGGAAAAAAGAGCGGGAAGAGACAGCAGAAUCUUACUGGUAUUCGGUCACCGCAUCUGUCGUCGCACGGAUCGUAGAAAACAUAGAAUUAAACAUUCAAGAUGUCCACCUGAGGUUUGAGGAUGGUGUCACAAAUCCUUCACAGCCGUUUGCGUUUGGAGUCUGCAUAAAAAAUGUAUCUGUGCAAAAUGCCGUAAAUGAGCCGGUGGAGGAGCUGAUGAAGAAAAAGCAGCUGGAUAUUGCUGACUUCAGCAUCUAUUGGGACACUGAUAGUGCUUUAAUGGGAGACUUGCCACCUGGGGAGUUGCAGGAAGCAAUGGAUGAAAGCAUGGAAAGCCGUGACCAUAACUACAUCAUGGAGCCUGUGUGUACCUCUGCCCUUCUGAAGAGAAACUGUUCCAAGGAGCCCCUCAAAUCGCGGAAUACCCCACGGCUUGAGUUUGACAUUCAGCUGGAGACAAUACCUCUGAAACUUUCACAGACACAAUACCGACAAAUAAUGGACUUUUUGAAAGAGCUGGAUCGAAAAGAGCGACAACUCAGAUUCAGAAGAUGGAAGCCGAAGGUCCCAGUAGCUGGAAACUGCCAGGAGUGGUGGUGUUUUGCUCUGAAUGCACACAUUGCGGAGAUCAGAGAGCAGAGGGGACGCUGUUCCUGGGAUUUUGUGUUGCAUCGGGCCCAAGAUGCUGUAUUGUACACAGAUCUGUAUUACAAGAAGUUAAAAGAAGUGGAGCUGUCUGAUGAGGAGCAGGAGGAGAUAGAGCGCAUUGAGGAUGAACAGACGUUCGAGGAGCUGAAAAUCUUACGCGAAAUAGUGUACGAUAGAUUCUGCGAACUUGAUGAGCAGAGCAUCAAGGAGCCGCUGUCCGAUUCCUCAGAGGAAACGAUUGAAAUUGAAUCGGAUACCAGCAGCAGUGGAAUGCUUCGCUAUCUUCAGUCCUGGUUUCCUGGAUGGGGAGGCUGGUACGGCGAUUCUCAGGAAGCCCUGGAAACGGACUCUUUCGAAGGACUGCUUUCAGAAACACCUGAUGUUGCUGGUGCUGAUGAUUUUUUUGAUCCAGCUGUGGACGUCUCCAACAUAAACACCUUCACAAAGAGGGAUCACGUCCUGGCAAAGUUAAAUCUCCAACUGCAAGGUGGCUCUGUCACUUUGCUGCAUGCUGGGAAGAAGGGCCCGCAGGCCCACGAAAGAGCUUUCAUGCAGCUUGAAUUUUCAGGAGUAACCAUCUUAGCAGAAUCUCUUCCUCGGAGGAAUUCUUCCCUUUUCAAGGUUCAGCUUGGUAGCCUAUUCCUACGAGACUUAGCGACGGAAGGGACCAUAUUCCCUGUCCUUGUCUUCCCUAACCCCCAAAAAGAAGUCGGCUGUGUCUCUUCCAUUGGUCUCCAGACGUCCUCUUCAGACACGAGUAAUGAAAGCGCUGCUGCUGAUCCUGCUGUUCCAGUGUUUGAGAUGCUGUAUGAGAGAAACCCAGUUCGCAGCAAUUUUGAGAGACGUCUGGAAGUCAGUACCCGACCUCUAAAUAUUAUUUACAAUCCACAAGCCAUUAAGAAAGUAGCCGAUUUCUUCUACAAGGGAAGGGUUCAUACCUCAGGUUUCGGAUGCCAGUCUGAGCUGGAGCUGAGAGUGGCUGCAGCUGCCAGGAGACAGUACAACAAGCUCAAAAUGCAGACGAAAGCCGAAAUCAGGCAAACCAUCGACCGCUUGCUUGUGGGGGAUUUCAUUGAAGAAAGCAAGCGCUGGACAGUGUGCCUUGAUAUUUCUGCUCCUCAGGUGAUCUUCCCCGAUGACUUUAAAUUUGCUGAUCCAGUUUUAGUAGUGAUCGAUUUGGGAAGAAUGCUGCUUACCAACACACAAGCGGAGCACAAAAGGAGGAGCUCCGGUGGUCCACAUUCAGAGCUGAGUGACCUGAGCGACGAUGAAUAUAAAACGCCUCUUGCAACCCCUCCAAGCAGCCCGCCUCCUGAAAUUUGUGUGGCUGGCGAGGACAAAACUAUCACAUUCACGGGGGUAGAAAUCAGUGAGGCACAGCUGCAAGCGCACUUGAUGAGUAAAAAAAUGUAUGAGACCUACAGCUUGUCAUUCAUGGAUCUGCAGAUCAUGGUCGGCCGAGUGAAAGACAAUUGGAAGCAUGCCCAGGACAGUGAUGUUGGCCCAACCCAUGUGGUGGAGAAAUUCAACGUCCACUUGCAGCUGGAACGCAGGUUGAUCUACACGUCUGAUCCCAAGUACCCGGGAGCCGUCUUGUCUGGAAAUCUGCCCGAUUUGAAAAUACACAUCAACGAGGAUAAAAUAAUGGCUCUGAACAACUGCUUUGGAAGACUGAGCACAUCUGAUACGGACAUUGCGGGCACUUCGCAGAUAGGCAGGGAGGUGACUUUUUCAGAUCUGGACCAGCGCGGAAGUUUGCACAGCUCUGUGGUGAACUUAACACAGAGCGUGAUGGUGGUAGAACAACACACUAAGGAAGUCCUUGUAGAAUCGCAACUGCUUUUAGCGGAGUUCCAAGUUAACUGUAUGCAAUUGGCUGUUGAAAGCAACGGCCGAUAUAUCUCCGUCCUCAAGGUUUUUGGCACGAACGCGCAUUUUGUGAAGAGGCCUUACGACGCAGAAGUUUCUCUCACAGUCCACGGUUUGCUGCUGGUUGACACCAUGCAAACCUACGGUUCUGAUUUUGACCUCUUGAUGGCUUCUCACAAGAAUCUCAGUUUCGAUGUUCCAACAGGAAGCCUCCGGGACAGCAGAGCCCAGUCCCCGGUUGGUGGGCUUGAUGAGGCUCGUGUAGCUGACGGGGUGCACUCGACCAAGAAAUACGCUGUGGUAUCGGGUGAUUUGCCUGGCAGCUUCCCACAGGGCGACGAAUCCUUAAUUAAAUUUGAAUACCAGUUUGUGAGUGCAGAGUGCCCCUCCAUGAACUUGGACAGCACUCUUCAAGUGAUAUCGGUCCAGAUGAACAACCUGGAUAUCAUUCUCAACCCGGAGACGAUCGUUGAGCUGAUUGGCUUUCUCCAAAAGUCCUUCCCAAAGGAGAAAGACGAUUCUAGCCCUCAGCCCCUCAUGACUGAUGCGGAAAGACAUUCCCGUGAGCAGGAAACCUUCCAGACCACCCACGCCCAAAGUACAGAGGUAGCAGUAGACAUCCACUGGUUAAACGUACUUCUCCUUAGGACGGUUACGAUGGUGAACGGAGAAAAACUUGGCCGGAAAAUUGCAACAGCGAGCAUUGGCGGAACCAAAGUGAAUGUCUCCAUGGGCAGCAGGCUGGACAUAAAUGGCUCUCUGGGUUGCUUGCAUCUUAUGGACCUGACUCUGGACAGCAUGAAAAACCAGUAUGUCGUAAGCAUUGGGAAUAUGAUGCGGUAUGAAAACCUCACCCAUGGCACGAGCUCCUUCAAGCCUACAUUUCUCCAGUUUGACGAUGCAAGUAGCCUUCCUGACGCUUUGAGCUUCACUUUCUCAGAGAAGUCGAAAGAGGAGUGCUCACUCCAGCUCAGGAUGGCCUCGCUUCAUUACAACCACUCGGCUAAGUUCUUAAAAGAGAUCACCUUGUCCAUGGACGAGCUGGAAGAGAACUUCCGCAGCAUGCUGAAGAGUGCGGCCACGAAAGUGACCACCGUCUUGGCCACGAAGACGGCUGAGUAUAGCGAAAUGGUGUCUCUGUUUGAUACGACGCCUCGGUCCAGGGACCCCUUCAAUUUGGAAAACAGCGAAGGGGAGGAGGUCUCUCCGGUGCGCUUCAAAACCGAAACGAUCAAGCUUAUUUUGAAUGUGAACAUUGAAUCGCCAGUGGUAUCCAUACCCCGGAAGCCGGGCAGCCCAGAGCUGCUGGUGGGGCAUUUAGGGCAAAUAUCGAUCCAGAAUUUUGUGGCCGGAGAGGACAGUCUGAGAAGUGAUAGGCUUCAAGUUGAAAUCAGAGAUAUUAAAAUGUAUUCUCUAAACAGCAGUCAUUUAGCAGCCAAGAAAGAAGCUUCUUCUGAGACGCCUGAUGCACUGCACCCUCGUUCAGGCAUUGCUAGCAGCAGCAGCAGCAGCCAGGAAGAUCCUCAGUUCACUCGGCACGAUUUCUUUGAAUCCUUACAUAAAGGCCAUGCGUUUCAUAUUUUGAAUAAUGCUACUAUCCAGUUCAAAUUGGAGAAGAUUCCAGUAGAGAGAGAUUCAGAGUUGGCCUUUUCCAUGAACGAUGAUGUUGAAAUUUCAAGCCUUAUGCGGAUCGAGGGGAAAUUUGUCAAUCCUCUGCGGGUGGUGCUGGCAAAACAUGUGUAUGAGCAAGUCUUGCAAACCCUUGACAACUUAGUUUGCAAUGAAGAUUUGACCAAGCCACCAUCCAGCUUUCCAUCCUCCCCGUAUCCCAGCUCCAGCUCCCCAUCAGUAUCGCUGUGCAGCAUGAGCACGGACUUUUCCAUCGACAGGAAGGAAAACGGGCUCUUCAGUCACUCUAGCUUUUCUGCAUCUUCGAACAAAUUUGUGCCUGUCAAGGAAGUGGCACAGUCCUUUACUCAAAUACAAGCCACCUUUCACAUUUCAGAGCUCCAGGUUCAGCUGAGUGGUGACCUUACGCUUGGGGCACAAGGCCUGGUUAGCUUGAAAUUUCAGGAUUUUGACGUUGAGUUUGCCAAGGACCACCCUCAUACCUUAUCCAUUCAGAUUGCCUUACGUUCUCUGCUAAUGGAGGAUCUUCUGGAGAAGAAUCCCGACUCUCUGUAUAAGAACCUCAUGGUGUCACGCGGAGCACCCAAAGCAUCCAGUUUAGCACACAAGGAGUACCUUUCCCAGUCUUGUCCGUCCGUGUCUAAUGUGGAAUAUCCAGACAUGCCCCGUUCCCUCCCUUCUCAUAUGGAGGAAGCUCCUAAUGUCUUCCAGCUGUAUCAGCGGCCCACCUGCGUCUCCCACAGAAAGCACAAAGAAGAUGCAGACUCGGGCUAUCCGUUAACACCGCCCCCUUCUCCCACCGCUGAAAGGACAGCUACGCCUUGCGGGAAGAGCGACUUUGACGAUUCCUUGGUCCACAUCAACAUGUUGCUGGUGGACAAGAAGCACCCGGAGUUCUCUUCUAGUUACGGCAGAAUCAACCGCAUUGUGGAUGUUGACUUUAACUGUUUGGAUGUUUUGAUAACACUGCAAACUUGGGUGGUGAUACUGGACUUCUUUGGGAUUGGGUCCACUGCUGAGAAUCACAGCUUGAAGUCACAGCCUGAAGAUGUGCAGCAUACCGUUAAAUCGGAGGCAAACAUAUUGUCAGCCUCAGAAGGCCAGGACUCUCUGAACACCAAACUGGAUCUGAAGGUGCAUUCCCUCUCCUUAGUUCUGAAUAAGACGACCAAUGAACUUGCUAAAGCGAAUGUAUCUAAACUGGCCACUCAUGUGGAAAUGAUUGAAGGAGAUCUGGCCCUUCAAGGGAGCCUUGGAAGCCUAUCUCUCAGUGAUCUCACCUCCCAUGGAGAGUUGUACAGGGAACGUUUCACUACCAGCGGCGAAGAGGCACUCAUCUUUCAGAUCUACAAGUAUGGCCGGCCCGAUCCCUUGCUGCAGAGAGGCUGUGAUAUGCGUGUCAGCCUACAAAUGGCAUCGGUGCAGUAUGUCCACACUCAGCGCUUUCAAGCAGAAGUGGUGUCUUUCAUUCAGCAUUUCACUCAGCUGCAGGAUGUCUUGGGGCGGCAGAGAGCAGCAAUCCAGGGACAGACGGUACGGGAUCAGGCCCAGCGAGGCACCAGAGUCCUUCUGGACAUCGAAGCUGGCGCUCCUGUCCUCCUCAUUCCUGAAAGCUCCAGAUCCAACCAUCUUAUUGUAGCCAAUCUCGGGAAACUGAAAGUCAAGAACCGGUUCCUCUUUGCAGGUACCCCUGGUACCUUUUCACUAAAAGAUAAGGACUCAAUUUUGCAAGGCGGUGUCUACAAGGAUCGUAUUCUCUGUGAGCAGGAUUCCGUUCAGUUUUCUUCGCCACUGGGAACCCCAAAGCACAGCAUGAAGAAAACAGCAAGCACUGAUGAGUCCAAGACGGCAUCAUGUUCCUCUGAAGGGUUGUUCAUGAAACUGUCCUCUUCUGGACCAAACCUGAGUCGGCUAAAAAGUGACCCAGGAGCAAGUGCUUUGGCUAAGCCACCAAAGAUGACCACUUUGCCAGUCCCGGACAGUCCUGAGGAACAAAUGUGCCUGCUGGACUGCAUCGUGGUUGACCUGCAGGACAUGGAUAUUUUUGCUGCUGAAAGGUACUCAAGAGAAUAUUCGAAAGCUACGGAAGAUGCGAGUGCUGAUCUGGUCUUCCCAUCCUUCAUUGUCAGGCAGACAAGGGGGAGCCUCUUGACUGAACCCUUCAGGCUGAAGUUGCAAGUAGAAAGAAACUUGGACAAGGAGAUAAAUCACGCGGUACCCGAUAUAUCUGUUCAUGGCAUCUUGUCGUCAGUGCAUUGUUCCCUGGAUUUGAGUAAAUAUAAACUAAUUCGUGGACUCUUGGAAAAUAAUCUUGGGGAGCCGAUAGAAGAAUUCAUGCGGCCUUAUGACUUACAGGACCCAAGAAUACAUACUGUGUUGAGUGGUGAAGUGUACACUUGUGUGUCUUUCCUAAUUGACAUGGUCAAUGUAAGUCUGGAACUCACUAAUCCUCAGGGGAAGGAAGGCUCAUUAGCCAGGUUUGACUUUAAGAAGUCCAAAUUGCUCUUUGAGGGUUUCUCAAACCAAACCAAAUCCAUCAACUUGGUUUCACAUUCCAUGAUGGCAUUUGACACGCGGUACACAGGGCAGAAGAUGGCUUCGGGAAUGCCAAACGUGUUCAACUGUAUCUUCCAGUCAUCGAAGAACAGCAGUACUCAAGGAGCAAUACAGAUUGAGCUGCAUUACAGAUCUACCAAGGAUUCCUCCUGCUUCACAGUUGUUCUGAACAACCUCCGCGUGUUUCUCAUCUUCGAUUGGCUAGUGCUUGUCCACGACUUCCUGCAGACACCCAGUGACACCAAAAAGGAGACCAACAUCACUCCUUCCCGACAGCGCAAUUACAGCAGUGAAGCCGCUGUUGUUCCCAAAGCAGUGAAGUGCGGGAUAGUUACAAAGCGUUCUUCCCUUCAGGUCUCUGCUGAAAAGCAGUUGGAGGUCAAGGUAAACGUGACAGAUACUGAAUUUGUGGUGGUCGAAGACAUGUCCUGUGCGGAUACCAAUGCAAUUAUUCUGAAGGGGACCACGGUUCUCACAUACAAACCCAAACUAGUGGAUCGCCCUUUCUCAGGCAGUUUGUCUGGCAUUGAGGUUUUUUCAUGCCGACUGGGAAACGAGCAGGAAACGGCACUCUCGAUCAUCGACCCUGUACUAAUUCAAGUUGAACUUGUGGGGAAUUCUUCAUAUCCAAGUGGCUCAGGAUUGUUGGAUGCCUUCAACAGUGAAGACUUCCCGCCUGUUUUAGAGAUUCAGUUACAAGCAUUGGAUAUUAGGCUGUCUUACAACGAUGUCCAGCUGUUUCUGGCCAUUGCAAAAUCCAUUCCUGGUCAGACCAGCAACGCUGUGCCAGACCCGGCUGCUGCUUCAGAUGCCAGGGCCACAGCUUCUCCUUCUCCUGCUGCUUCAUCUUGGGUAAAUGAGAUCUCGGGACUGUUGUCGGAAACCAUAGAAACUUACAAGCACACUUUGGAUCCCGUUCUUGAGUUGCAGCUGGCCCGACUGCAGGAACUGGGGUUUAGCCUAGAUGACUGCCGCAAAGCUCUGUUAGUGUGCCAAGGUCAGCUGAAGAAAGCAGCAAGUUGGUUGUUCAAGAAUGCCGAGCCUUUGAAGUGUGCACCGUUGGAUUCCAGCCACCGUGAUAUCCAGGGCCCCAUGGCUCUGCGCUUAAUCUCUGGAGUAGAAAUCAAAGCAGAGAGCAUCUGCAUUUGCUUUAUCGACGACUGCAUGGACUGUGAUGUUCCCUUAGCCGAGCUAACCUUUUCACACCUGAAUUUUCUCCAGCAUCUAAGAGCCAGCCCUGAAGGUUAUGCGAAUUUUACACUCUCGGGAGAUUACUAUAACCGCGAGCUUUCGGGCUGGGAGCCUUUUAUUGAGCCCUGGCCGUGCUCUGUGGCCUGGCAGCAGCAGUUAGCCAGCCGCCUCCACCCUUCCCGGUUGAAGCUGGAAGUGAAAGCAAAGCAUCGUUUGGACAUCAACAUAACUACUGUGUUAAUCGAGCAGUAUGCCAGCACCAAGCAAUCAUGGAUGGCAGAUUAUUGCAAGCAGGAGAAGGAAGUAGAGGAAGUUGAAUCUGAAGACUGGAUGGGCUCUUCAGUCGAUCCUCCAUCCUUCGGACAAGGCCUUCCUCUUGUCUACCUUAGAACUAGGAGUACAGCCAGUCUGACUAACCUAGAGCACCAGAUGUAUGCUAGAGCUGAAAUGAAGACGCUAAAACGCAGGCAGCCUUUUGUGCCGUUUGCCCUUCGAAAUCACACGGGUUGCACUCUGUGGUUUGCCACUUUGACAACAACUCCGACCCGUGCUGCUCUGUCUCACAGCGGAAGCCCAGGAGUCAUCCCGGAGGAAAACAGAUCGUUUCUGGAUGGCACGCAUAAAGUCAGCGAGUGGCGAGAAGUUCUUACUGGUGAAGAGGUCCCCUUUGCAUUUGAAGCCAAAGGGAAACAGCGACACAGGCACACACACGACCUAAGAAUUCACCAGCUGCAAGUGAGAGUAAAUGGCUGGGAACAAGUCAGUCCAGUGUCGGUAGACAAAGUAGGAAUAUUUUUCCGGUAUGCAGCUCCUGAUAAGAGCACAUCUUCCUCUACUGUUGGCAGCCCAAUUAGCAGAACAAACAUCAUACAUCCACAUGUUUAUUUUUCUUCAUUGCCUCCAGUCCGAGUGGUAUUUGCAGUCACCAUGGAAGGCAGCGCUCGGAAGGUAAUAACUGUCCGUUCGGCCUUGAUUGUGAAAAACAAACUGGAGACGCCUAUGGAGCUCAGGCUAGACAGCCCUUCAGCACCAGACAAACCUGUAGUGCUGCCUUCGGUCAUGCCAGGGGAUUCCUUUGCUAUUCCCCUGCAUCUGACAUCCUGGCGGCUUCAGGCCAGGCCAAAGGGAAUGGGAGUUUUCUUCUGCAAGUCUCCGAUCCACUGGACAAAUGUGCAGAAGACCUCAGAGGUCAGCAGCAGCAAACGAGAGUGCCAUGCGAUGGAGUCUGAAAAUAGCCGUUUCUUCAGGUUUUGUGUCGCCAUAAAGAAAGAGAAUUACCCAGAUUACAUGCCCUCCAACAUCUUUUCCGACAGCGCUAAGCAGAUUUUCAGGCAGCCCGGACACACCAUUUAUCUCCUUCCGACCGUGGUGCUCUGUAACCUGCUGCCUUGUGAACUUGAGUUCUAUGUGAAAGGGAUGCCCAUUAACGGGACCCUGAAACCUGGGAAAGAGGCGGUACUGCAUACAGCCGACACUUUGCAGAACAUCGAGCUUGGAGUCUCCCUUGAAAACUUUCCACAGUGCAAAGAGCUUUUAAUACCCCCCGGAACACAGAACUACAUUGUGCGGAUGCGAAUGUAUGACGUUAACAAGCGGCAGAUGAAUCUCACCAUAAGGAUCGUGUGCCGCGCCGAAGGGUCAUUGAAGAUAUUUAUUUCAGCACCGUAUUGGCUCCUUAACAAAACAGGGUUGCCACUGAUCUUCAGACAAGAUAAUGCCAAGAUCGAUGCAGCAGGCCAGUUUGAAGAACAUGAGCUGGCCAGAAGCCUGAGCCCUCUCCUCUUCUGUUAUGCUGACAAAGAACAGCCAAACCUUUGCACAAUGAGAGUUGGAAGAGGAAUCCACCCUGAAGGUAUGCCUGGUUGGUGCCAAGGCUUCUCGCUGGAUGGAGGCAGUGGGGUCAGAGCCCUUAAAGUGAUCCAACAAGGAAACCGGCCAGGCCUUAUUUAUAACAUUGGUAUUGAUGUCAAGAAGGGCAGAGGUCGCUACAUUGACACCUGUAUGGUAACGUUUGCCCCUCGCUACCUGCUAGAUAAUAAAUCCAUGCACAAGCUUGCCUUUGCACAGCGGGCGUUUGCCAGGGGACAGGGCACAUCGAACCCAGAUGGCUACAUCUCCACCCUCCCUGGCUCCAGUGUCGUGUUCCACUGGCCGCGCAACGAUUACGACCAGCUGCUUUGCGUCCGGCUCAUGGAUGUUCCAAACUGCAUUUGGUCUGGAGGCUUUGAAGUCAACAAAAACAAUUCCUUCCAUAUCAAUAUGAGGGACACCCUUGGGAAAUGCUACUUCUUGCGAGUAGAGAUCACUCUGAAGGGAGCUACAUACCGUGUUUCGUUCAGCGACACCAUCCAGUUACCACCCCCGUUCCGCAUAGACAACUUUUCCAAGGUCCCGAUCGUCUUUGCUCAGCACGGUGUUGCAGAACCACGGCUCAGCACGGAAGUCAAGCCAACAACCUCUUUAGAUUAUGCCUGGGACGAGCCCACCCUUCUGCCUUACAUAACCCUGACCGUCAAGGGAGCCGGCUCCUCUGAAAUCAGCUGCAGCAUGGAUGACUUCCAAGACAGCAAGCAGCUCUAUUAUGAGAACUUCAUUUAUAUUGCUGCAACAUACACUUUCUCAGGUCUGCAGGAAGAAACCGGGAGGCCCGUGGCUUCGAAUAAGGAGGUGGAUUGUGCUGAACUUGUCCUGGAUGUUUCUCUGAAGACGCAGAGAGUCAUAUUAAAGAAAAAGGAGCCGGGGAAGCGCUCCCAGUUGUGGAGGAUGACGGGCACCGGGAUGCUUUGCCACGAGGGCUCUGCGGUUCCUCACCAUCCGAACAAGCCGUGCCCUCCCCGUUCCACAGAAUCCUCUCUGAUCCUGGACAUCGCAGGCCUGGCUGCCGUCACGGACAACAGGUAUGAACCGCUGAUGCUGAGAAAGCCAGACCGGCGGCGUAGCACGACACAGACCUGGAGUUUUCGGGAUGGGAAGCUCGUCUGUGGCAUGCAUGGGCUUGUCGUUCAGGCAAAAGGAGGCAUUGCAGGGCUACAUGACGGAGCAGAAGUCGUUCUUGGACCUGAUACGUCCCUGGAGAUAUUAGGUCCAGUUCCACCGGAACAGCAGUUUGUCAAUCAGAAGAUGAGGCCUGGCUCAGGAGUUUUGGUAGUCAGGGUCAUUCCAGAUGGCCCAACCAGAGUCCUGCAGAUAACAGACUUCAACCAACGCAGAAAUGAUCGUUUCUCAUACGAGGGGGAUGAGCUGGAACACGAUCUGCGGAAGCUGAAGAACCCUGACACAGAGCAAGAAUUGGAAGUCCAGUUGAAAUUGGAAGGCGGAAUAGGUUUAUCUUUAGUUAACAAGGCCCCAGAAGAGCUGGUGUUUGCGAGCUUCACCGGCAUUAACGUCCAUUUCACACAGCUGUCAACAGGUCAAGUGCUCGAACUGAGUAUACAGGAUAUACAGGUGGACAACCAGCUCCUUCGUACCACUCAGCCUUUCAUGCUCUUCCUGACCCCCAAAACUGGUGAAAACGAAGCAACCGAGACUGGUCCUGCCCUGCAAUUGAAUGCCAUGAAAUUUCCCAGUAAGAGCCCUUUAACUGAUAUAUACAAGCAUCUGAUGAUCACAGCUGGCAAGUUCACAGUCCAAAUCGAGGAGAAGCUGCUCCUGAAACUUCUGAGUUUCUUUGGCUGUGAUCAGUCAGAAUCAGAAGUUGAAAGUUACGAUGAAAACCUUCACGAUAAGCCGGUUGAUCAAGGUGGAGCACGGAAGCGAUAUUACUUUGAAAACCUCAAGAUCAGUGUGCCGCAGAUAAAGCUGAGUGUCUUCACUUCCAGCAAGCUCCCCUUGGAUCUCAAGGCAUUGAAAAGCACCCUGGGCUUCCCUCUGGUUAGGUUUGAAGAUGCUGUGAUCAACCUGGACCCCUUCACCAGAGUCCAUCCCUACGAGACGCAAGAGUUCAUCAUUAACGAUAUCCUGAAGCACUUCCAAGAAGAGCUGCUCAGCCAAGCGGCAAGGAUCCUGAGCUCCGUGGACUUCCUUGGCAACCCGAUGGGUCUCCUGAACGAUGUUUCGGAAGGCGUUAGCGGGCUGAUAAAAUACGGAAACGUUGGCGGCCUUAUACGAAAUGUUGCCCACGGUGUGUCAAACUCUGCUGCAAAGUUCACUGGAACUUUGUCCGAUGGGUUGGGGAAGACAAUGGAUAACCGGCAUCAAACAGAACGAGAGUACAUUCGAUACCACGCUGCAACAAGUGGGGAGCAUCUCGUAGCUGGCAUUCACGGACUGGCUCAUGGCAUCAUUGGUGGAUUGACAAGUGUCAUAACCUCGACGGUAGAAGGUGUAAAAACUGAAGGGGGGGUCAGUGGCUUUAUAUCCGGCCUUGGGAAAGGACUCGUCGGAACUGUGACCAAACCGGUGGCUGGUGCUCUAGACUUUGCCUCUGAAACAGCCCAAGCAGUGAGAGAUACAGCCACGCUUACCGGCCCCAGGACGCAAGCGGAAAGAGUGAGGAAGCCGCGGUGCUGCAGGGGUCCGCAAGGGCUCCUUCCUCGAUACUUGGAGAGUCAGGCAGAAGGGCAAGAGGUGCUCUGCAAGCUGACGGAGAACAUUCAGGAUGAGUUCUUCAUUGCAGCAGAGAACAUAGACAGUUAUUGCGUUAUCAUUUCCUCCAAAGCGGUUUAUUUCCUGAAGAGUGGAGACACGAUGGACCGAGAAGCCGUCUUCCUGGAGGUCAAGUAUGAUGAUCUCUACCAUUGCCUUAUCUCAAAGGACCACGGGAAAGUCUAUGUGCAGCUGACAAAGAAAGCUGUCAAUUCAAGCAGUGGGGUGUCAAUACCUGGCCCAUCUCAUCAGAAGCCCAUGGUCCACGUGACAUCCGAGGCCCAUGCGGUGAAGCUGUCUCAAGAAAUCAACUAUGCAAAGAGCCUUUUCUAUGAACAGCAGCUUAUGUUGAGAUCCAGCGAGCACCCAGAUCAACUCGAGCUGGACUCCUGACCCUGACAAAACCUUGUGGGGAAGUCGCCUCCGCGCUUGGUGAAAAAGAACAGGACCAGCGUUGGGGUGUUAGGAAGUGUGUUCUGUGAGCCUAGGAAGCCAAGGCCCUGGAAACAAAAGAGAGUCUUGCCAUGGGGGAACUACAAGAUCAAAGACGUAUUUGACAUACAUUUAGUUUUAGGGGAAGCCCUGUAUUUUCUUACUCUCUCUGUGUGUAUAUAUACCUCUACAGAUAUAUAUAUAUAUAUAAAUAUAUAUAUAUGUAUGUAUGUAUGUACAACUGUGUUUGGUGUAAAUAAGAAAGUGCACAGGGUGUUGUGAGGGUGUAUAAUGGUCUAUCUCGUGUAAAGAAAUUAAAGGAAAAGUUAUAUUGAGUUUUCUAUUGCACUGAUUCUGAGCAUUUUGAAACAAUGCUUUUCCUGUGGAGGUGGUGAUGGGGACACCUGGAACACUUUGAGGCUCAUUUUUUUGUUUGUUCCAGGUGCUUGCGAGUGAGCUGCACUAAGCUGGGUUAUGGCGGAGUCAGGAUGGGGCCUGGCAACGAGUGUGGGACAUGUUCCUUUCGACCGUUGAGUGCUUUUGUGUGCUGAAGGCUCCAGAAUUAUUUAGGUUCAUUGUUUGGAAGGGCAAAGGGUAGGGGGCUCCAGCCAAAUAAUGAUACCUAGGGUGUUUGCUCUAUAAAAUAAUUCUGGUGAGGUGGGUUUUGUGUGUGUGUGUGUGCUGCAAUGAUCCCUGCAGGGAGCAAGAAUCUUCAGUUUAAGGGAAACAGGAGAGUUGGUUUUUUUUAAUCAUCUGUGUAACUUUUCUUGUAUUUUGUGAUGUUCACUUUAUAAGGCAGUGUUGAUGUUUAAACAAUAAUGCCUCCUUUUAUAGUGGGACAUUUGCAGGCGAAAGUGAUGUUAUUGCGCGCGCGCACACACACACACACACACACACACACACACACACACACACACAAGUUCCCCUCUGUUGGCCUUAAGCAGAAAACGGACUCGGAAAUAACACCAGGUAUAUAAGACGACCGGAAAGUAUCAACUGCCUUUUUGGGGGGGGGGAGGAGGGAGGAAUGGAAGUUUAUGAGUUUUAAUACUGCAGUCCUGUAGUCUUAAAUCUGAGGAUUAAUAAAUGCUACUGCUGCUCUCUCCUCUUGUCUCCGCAUUCUUUGGAUGGUGACUAUGAAUUCCAAGUUGGCUCCAUGCCUCGGAGCUCUGGGAAGGGCUGUCGCUUGGUGAAAAGAGCAAACACUUUCCAUGCAGACAAUCCAUGGGCCUCUAUGUGUAGAGCUGGGAAGAAACAGUAGACCAGGGGUCGUCAGCACAACGCCUACAGGCCCACCUCCUAUGGCACUCACAUGGAAGUUCUCUGUCAAAGUUCUUCUUUGUGGGGGUGGGGGAAGCUGGUGUCGGCUUUCUCUACCUUUUUAGACGUGACCAAGCAUCCACAGUGCUUCUUCAAAAUCCCAGAUGUGCCCACAAUGCUAUAUGGACCAGUGGUGGUCUGAUUUGGUGUAAAGCUGCUACUUAUUGCAAGAGGCACCUUUCCAAGCAAGCGGAGGGAGGGUGGCAAUAGUAGAAAGAAAACAUUGAAGCGGGAGUCCCGGGUGGUCAGCACUGGCAACUGCUUUGCCAGGGGGCCAACUCUUGCCUUAAGUUUCUGCGUUUGUAUUCCGUUUCCUUGAAUAAAGAAUCAACUUUACUGCUCAUCUCCAAGGCUCCGUGCUGAACAAGACCUGAGACUAGAAAGGAAGAAGCUGACGGCCAGUACCACCCCCACCCCCAACUACUUGUAAGAAAGAAGGCAGGGAGGUGGGAGCUGACUGAGGCCAGACUGAAGGUGAUGGGGCAGCUCCCCAUUCACUUUAAUGGACCAACCUCCACUUUCCUAUAGGUAGUAUAGAAAGGGGGACGAAAUAGCUGCUGCUGCUGUGAAUCCUUGCGGUUAGGCCACGUAUCGAACGCGUGCUACCAAUUGCAACGGCCCAAAGCACUUCGUGGGGAGAGUCCAUCAAGUGUUGCUGUUACUCUGAAAUGCACAGCUUCCAAUUCAAACCAGGGUAACUUCAGUCACUUUCUCUCCUAUGGCAGAAGUUAGCCAGCCACAUGGUUGUGCGGGGCCAGGAAAGCAGCUUCCUGACGCCAUCUUGAAAGCACAGCUUUGCCUCCUGCCUUUCAGCGGGAUUCUGGAUGAGAGGGACCCUCGUCCAGCUCCUCUGCUUUUGGUUUCAGAUCUAGUGUCUGCAAAAGGAGUCAUUCC